AUGGCACUGGACUUGGAGAAACGACAAUCUGUGAGAAUGAGGAAACGCAAAAGAAACGAAAUAAAGCUUUCUGUUAAUGAGAAAGUAGAGGUAAGGAGUGAGGAAGAUGGAUUUCAGGGCUCAUGGCACCCGGGAACUGUCAUUGCACGUCGUAGGCAAGGCCUGGACUUAAAAUAUGAAGUUAAAUACGAUCAUAUUCUUAAUGAUGACGAGUCUGACUAUCUUGUUGAUCAAGUUUGCGUCUCACUUCCCGUUGAUGACACUGAUUGUGCCAAUGAAGACCGGUGUAACAACCGUGGCCUCAUCAGGCCAGCACCACCACCGUUUCAGUUUGGUAAAUAUGGUCUUCCAUACGGAAUGUGUGUGGAUGUGCAUUACCAGGAGGCUUGGUGGGAAGGUGUGAUUUUUGAUCACGACGAUGGUUCAGAGGAGAGGAGGAUAUUUUUCCCUGAUUUGGGCGACGAAAUUAUGGCAAGUGUCAAUAAACUAAGGGUUACUCAGGAUUGGAAUGAAGUUGAUGAGACUUGGCGGCAACGUGGGACAUGGUUGUUUCUUGUGUUGAUUGAGGAAUACGAACAAAAACAAUAUAUUCCCGUUUCCAUAAAACAACUUUGGUAUGACUUGCGAGAGAAAGAGAGUUUUGAGAAGCUUGGAGGGUGGACUUCUACCGUGAAAGCUUUGUGGAGAAAGUUGGUUUUAGGGGCAAUUGAUGAUAAUCUUAAAGUCGUGGUGAAUCAUCUUUUCCAGGUGACAGGCAUUCCAGACGCUACACAGCAGCCGAUCGCUAAACCUGUUAAUGAUGUUAACAUGAAUCGGAAAGAAGAUCUGGUUAAGACCCACGCCAUGAUACCAGUCGAGAACUCGCUAAAUGAUUGUCUGCUGUUGUAUCCUAGUUGUCCUACGGCUGAAUCAACUCUUGACAGGGUCGUGCCAAAAUUUUCUUGUGAAGAUGAUGCAGUUGUGUGUAUGAAGCCUCGGGCUUUGUUUGCCUUACCUUCUAACCUGGAUGGAAUUCCUGCUGUCAGUUCUAUAACCAGUGAUGAAGGUUUUUCUAACUCCAAUUCCAAUAAAAUCAAUGGGUCAUCUUCGGGUUCAGCAUGCAUUCAAAGCAGUUGGCUAUGUGCUGGCUCAGACAUAGUUCCUGGACCUGAAUUUUGCCCAGAUGCCAUUAUCAAAUACGCAAAGAUGGGUAACAAAAAGCCCACGGGUACUCUAAUCAAAGAUGUGAGGAAGCAUCUUUUACAUCAGAGGUGGAAAAUUGAAUCCAUGAAAGAUAAAGGCACAAGUAGACUGCGUUACACCUCACCUGACGGGAAGCUGUACCAUUCUCUUCGGCAGGUUUGUCUAGAUUUUUGUGGAGCUGACAGAGGGAUCCUUUCUCCAACCUCUGAAGGUAAGCAGAACAGUUUGCAUACUUCUCAUGGUGAUUCAUCUUCUCUUAUUGAGCAACAAGAGGAUCGGGAUCCUUAUUGUUGCUCUCAAGUGGUGAGUUCUAAUUCUGAAGCAGUUGUUUAUAAACCUGAAUAUUGUCCCGAAGCAAUUGUGGAAUGGUCUAAUCUCUGGUCUAAACAUGGAUCCGGGACGAGAUUCAGGGGAAAGAUUAAGAAAGCUGAUAUGUCACUAAGAGCUAGGAAGCACCUCGCAGCCCUAGGAUGGGUGUUUGGCUAUAAAACAUUUAAUGGGAGGCGUGAAUUUUACCAUCGAUCUCCUAUGGGGAAGACAUACUGGUCACUACGACAAGCCAUCGAACACAUCUUAGAUAAAGGAACAUGCACUGAUACUUCUAGAGAUAUGGAAAUGGAAAAUGACAGUAAAACAGUCGAGGGACAGUUUUCUUGUGAAAAAAUAUCUUCUGCAAUUUGUAAAACGGAGUUUCAGAAGCAAAAAAACUGUUCUAAAGAGUCUUCUUGCUUUUCACUGUCCAAAAAACAUCAUGACCUUCACGAAAUAAAUGUUCUAACCACUAGAAAGGCUCGAAGGAAAACAAAGGAUAGUUUACAUGUUGAAACCCAUUCAGAUGCUCAAAACACAAGCCGCCCAAAGUCAAGAAGCGGGAUAACAUCUAGAGGUUUGAUUGGAUCACGAAAUGAUAAGAAACAUACCAAGUGGGUCCGUGUGCAACGAUCAAGCAAAAGAGUGCAGCAUGUGGUAGCUCCUGACCCAUCACAUCAUAAUCCUCGAACUGUGUUGUCUUUGUUGAUAGACAAUGAUAUCGUGUUGCCAAGGACAAAAGUACAUUACGGUAGCCAAAAGGAUAGAAAUCCAACAGUGGAAGGGCGCAUAGCUCGUGAAGGGAUCAAGUGCAGCUGUUGUGGGAAGGUUUACACCCUUAGUGGCUUUGAACUUCAUGCUGGCAUCAAAUCUUGCAGGUCAGGUGCUAGCAAAUACUGCAAGCCAGCUGCCAGCAUCUUUCUGGAUGAUGGGAGGUCUCUGCUAGAAUGCCAGAUACAAAUGAUGCGUGACAAGGAGAUGAGUAAUCACAAGGCAGAAACACCUGAUAGUUUGAAGGGAAGUUGGGAUCGAGAUGGUAAUGAUCAUGUAUGCUCUGUUUGUCACUAUGGUGGUGAAUUAAUUUUAUGUGAUCACUGUCCCUCCUCAUUCCAUAAAAGAUGUCUGGGCAUGAAGGAUGUUCCGGAUGGAGACUGGUUCUGCCCAUCAUGCUGUUGUAAAAUUUGUGGCCAAAACAAAUUGAAAAAAGACACCAAGGAUUUUAUCGAUGGCGUUCUUAAUUGCACUCAAUGCGAGCACCAAUAUCAUAUUAUGUGUCUGAGUAACAGCUGGACAGAUAAAUGGAAGGAUCAUCCUAAAGAAAAUUCGUUUUGCAGCAAAAAGUGUGAAGUGAUAUUUUUGGGCCUUCAAAAGCUUCUAGGAAAACCAAUUCCAGUGGGUGUGGACAAUCUUACUUGGACGUUAUUCAAGUAUAUGCAGUCUGAUCAGCAUAAACUUGAUGCUUUUGAUGAUGAGACCCUGGUUGAGACCUACAGCAAGCUCAAAAUAGCACUUGAUGUGGUGCAUGAAUGUUUCGAGCCCAUUGAGGAACCUCGCACCGGGAGGGAUCUUAUGAAAGAUGUUAUUUUUAGUAAUGGGUCAGAACUUAACCGUUUGAACUUUCAAGGGUUCUACACCAUACUUUUGGAGAAGAAUGACGAGUUAGUUAGUGUGGCUACUGUAAGGAUUCAUGGAGACAAAGUAGCAGAAAUACCACUUGUUGGCACAAGAUUCCAAUUUCGGCAACUUGGAAUGUGUCGCAUACUAAUGGAUGUGCUUGAAAAGAAGCUCAUGGAAUUAGGAGUCCAGAGACUGAUUUUGCCUGCUGUUCCUGGUGUCCUAAACACAUGGACUGGUUCGUUUGGAUUUUCAAAGAUGACAGACUCUGAGAGAUUGCAGUUUGUAGAUUACACUUUCCUAGAUUUUCAGGAUACCGUCAUAUGCCAGAAACUAUUAAUGAAGUUGCCUUCUGCACAAUCAAGCCCAUUGAAAGAAAUCCAAUCUACACUUCUUGAUGAUGUUUAUGGAAGUGGUGAAUGCAUUGAUGCCAAUGACUCUAGUCCUGUCCCUGAAGUACUUGAAACAGAUCAAAAUGAGGAUGGUGGAACCAUGGAACAAGGACCAGUGGAUGUUGCUGCAAGCAAUAUCAGUGAUGUAAUCACAAGGCCUGUUCAUCAAGUAGUUGUGGUUAACCAGCCAUAUCAUCUUGAAUGUGAACCCUGCAAUGCCAAAAUCAACAAGUCCUUGGUUGAGGAUUCCGCUUUUAAGAAGGAAAUCAUGGUCGGUGAUAAUGGUUCGAGCAUUCGUAAUCGCGGAAGAUGGUUCGUUUCCGGCGGUAGAGUCCUCAGGUAUGUCAACCGUACUGUUGGCUUCAUAGAUUUUGCCAUGGCUUCACCAUACAGGUACUUCAUCAAUUGUCAGGAGAAUAUUUGCUAA